AUGGCGGUGGCCAGGAAGAUCAAAACUUUGCUGACGGUCAACAUCCUGGUGUUCGUGGGCAUCAUCCUCUUCUCCGUGUACUGCCGCUUGCAGGACCGCUCAGAGGGGCUGGUGCAGAUCGUUCGCAGCGCCGACCGCCGGGUACGCAGCCGGCACGCCAAGGUGGGCGCGCUGGCGGAGCGCGAAGCCAUCCUGCAGCGCCUCGACCACCUGGAGGAGGUAGUCUACAACCAGCUGAAUGGUCUUGCCAAGCCCAUUGGUCUGGUGGAGGGGCCAGGAGGCCUGGGCCAGGGCGGCAUGGCAGCCACGCUGUGGGAUGACAGCCAGGAGACGGAAGGCAAGUUCGAGGAAUACGGGUACAACGCACAGCUCAGCGACCGCAUCUCCCUGGACCGUACCAUCCCGGACUACAGGCCCAAAAAGUGCAGACAGAUGACCUACUCGGACGACCUGCCCCAGAUCUCUGUGGUGUUCAUCUUUGUUAAUGAAGCCCUCUCGGUCAUCCUGCGCUCUGUCCACAGUGUGGUCAACCACACACCCUCCCAGCUCCUCAAGGAGGUGAUCCUGGUGGACGACAACAGUGAUAAUGUGGAACUCAAGCUCAAUCUGGACCAAUACGUCAGCAAGAGAUACCCAGGCCUGGUGAAGAUUGUCCGCAACAGCAGGCGGGAAGGCUUGAUCCGGGCGCGGCUGCAGGGUUGGAAGGUCGCCACAGCCCCUGUCGUCGGCUUCUUCGAUGCCCACGUGGAGUUUAGCACAGGCUGGGCUGAGCCCGCGCUUACACGGAUCCGGGAGGACCGCCGGCGGAUCGUCCUGCCAGCCAUUGAUAACAUCAAGUACGACACGUUCGAGGUGCAGCAGUAUGCCAGCGCGGCCCACGGCUACAACUGGGGCCUCUGGUGCAUGUACAUCGUCCCGCCCCAGGACUGGCUGGAUCGCGGCGACGAGGCGGCGCCCAUCAGGACCCCGGCCAUGAUCGGCUGCUCCUUCGUUGUGGACCGGGAGUACUUCGGGGACAUUGGUCUGCUGGACCCGGGCAUGGAGGUGUAUGGCGGGGAGAACAUAGAGCUAGGCAUGAGGGUGUGGCAGUGUGGCGGCAGCAUGGAGGUGCUGCCCUGCUCCCGCGUGGCCCACAUCGAGCGCACCAAGAAGCCCUACAACAACGACAUCGACUACUACGCGAAGCGCAACGCCCUGCGAGCAGCCGAGGUGUGGAUGGACGGCUUCAAGUCCCACGUGUACAUGGCCUGGAACAUCCCCAUGACCAACCCGGGUGUGGACUUCGGGGACGUGUCCGAGCGGCUGGCCCUGCGCCAGAGGCUGAAGUGCCGCAGCUUCAAGUGGUACCUGGACAACGUGUACCCGGAGAUGAGGACGUACAACGACACCCUCACGUACGGAGAGGUGAGAAACAGCAAAGCCAGCGGCUACUGCUUAGACCAAGGAGCGGAGGACGAUGACCGCGCCAUCCUGUAUCCCUGCCACGGGAUGUCCUCCCAGCUGGUGCGGUACAGCGCCGAGGGCCUGCUGCAGCUGGGCCCCCUGGGCUCCACCGCCUUCCUGCCUGACUCCAAGUGCCUGGUGGAUGACGGCAGGGGCCGCACGCCCGCCCUGAAGAAGUGCGAGGAUGUGGCCCGGCCCGCGCAGCGGCUGUGGGACUUCACCCAGGGCGGCCCCAUUGUGAGCAGAGACACGGGCCGGUGCCUGGAGGUGGAGAUGUCCAAGGAUGCCAACUUCGGGCUCCGCCUGGUGGUGCAGAGGUGCUCAGGACAGAAAUGGACCAUCAGAAACUGGAUCAAGCCAGGGCGGCACUGA